AUGGCCGCCGCCAGUGCACUGCGCGGGCUGAAGCAGCGGGACGCCACCAACAAGCGGCCGCGCGUGACGUCCGCGGGCGAGCAGCAGCCGCCGCCGCCGGCACGCAAGGCGGAGGAUGACCUGACGGCCGAGAUCGCGGCCGUCACAGCCAAGAACGCGCAGCUGCAGCAGAGCGUGGCGUCGCUCAAGCGCAAGUUCUCGCUGCGCGAGGAGGAGACGCACCAGCUGCUGCUGGGGAUCGGCGCGCUCAACGCCGUGGCCGCGGAGCUGGCGGCGCUGCAGCGCGAGCACCAGGCGCGCGCGGCGCAGAACGCGGCGCUCAUCCAGGAGUCGCUGGCGCAGAUCUCGAGCUGCUCGGCGCAGGUGGACGCGCUCAAGCAGUGCCGCGGGCUCACGGCGCAGCAGCUGCAGAGCUUCCGGCGCGAGUGCGCGCAGCAGAUGAACAGGCUCGUGGCCAGGCUUGCCGAGCUCGCGGACAGCGCGGGCCACGAGCCGCUGCAGGACGACGAGCUGGACGAGAACAGGCGGCAGGUGCAGCGCCUGGAGCAGGACGUGUGCGCGUACAGCGCGCGCGUAGUCGCGGACGACGCAGAAUCCUGCAAGGGCCUUGCGGACGCCAGCAUGACGACGGAGCGGAUCAACGUGGCGCUGGCGCAGCUGGACGAGCUGCACGCCGAGAUGUUCCAGCUGAAGCAGAGCGUGGGGCAGGAGCACCAGUCGUUCCGGCGGCAUCUCGAGGACCUGGUGGCGCAGCAGAUGACGCAGAUUCGAGAGGUGCAGGACAACGAGACGGAGCGGAUCCACGAGGAGAUGGACGAGAUCAGGUCGGGCAUGUGCGGGAUUCUGAAAGACUUGCACCGACUGAAGGAGCGGACCAAGUACCUGGUGCCCAGUAUGGCUGGCGUAGGCUCUAGAACGUCUCGAAGUAAUGCCAAUGGACCGCCGCCACUGCAGGCGAUGAACUAUGGCGAUCAGAAGGAGGAGCGACGGCCGACUGCGAUCCAUCACAGCGCUGGCUAUUCGAUAACGAUGGCGACGCGCCAGUGUCAAGAUGAAUUGCCGCACUACGAGCAUGGCUAUGAUGACGACUGCUACUGUCCUGGAGUGCUCCCAAGUCAAACUGAAGACCGAUUUGUACGCGCAGACCGACCUCGAAGCCCCAGCAGGUCCAGUAACUCUAGCGCGCCCCAUUCCGAGGACGAAAACUGGCGCAUGAUUUCCCCGCCGCCUACAGGUCAACGUGCUGCGCCGCCCUGUGAAAGUCCACACUACUCGUCCCGCUCAUCCAGCCUGUCCGGCCGCCUCAGCGUCUACGGAGGUACGCGAUCGCCUGCAUGUGUACCGAGUCGUCCCGUGCGCCCAGAGCAACGGACGCCAGGACUUUUAGCAAUGUUUGGGGGCGCAGUUGCGGUAUAUUAA